AUGGAGACUAUAUCAGAUAACACUACGUUUAAGGUUACGAAUCAAGGCUUUGUGAAGUUAGAUCGAUUUGAUGGAUCUAACUUUACUCGUUGGAAGGAUAAAUUAAUGUUCCUACUCACUAUUCUUAAAAUCUCAUAUGUUCUGGAUCCAAAUCUCCAACCAUUCCCAGAACCAAUAGAUAAAGAUACAAAGAAAAUGAUUGAAGAUAGGAAGAAACGAGAGGAAGAUGAAUUAGUCUGCAGAAGUCACAUUCUGAACACACUUUCAGACCGAUUCUACGAUCUCUAUACUCCUAUGAAGUCUCCUCGGGAAAUUUGGAAUGCACUAGAAUUCAAGUACAAAACUGAGAAACUAGGUAAGGAUAAAUUUUUAAUAUUUAAGUACUUUAAAUUCUCAAUGGUUGAUAAUUUGUCAGUUUUAGAUCAAGUUCAUGAAUUGCAAGUUCUAGUCACAAAGCUUCUUAAAGUAAAAAUUGUACUUCCAGAAUCCUUCCAAGUGGGGGCUAUGAUUUCAAAGUUACCUCCAAGUUGGAAUGAUUAUAGAAAGAAACUUCAGCAUAAGACAGAAGAAUUUACUUUGGAAGAAAUAUAG